AUGUCUGAUUUUACACAGAGCCCAUCGAAUCUACCACUGGUAGCGAAGUCUGCCAUCGUUACUGGGGCUACCCGUGGAAUAGGGCAGGAAAUUGCCCGACAGCUUACCAGUCUCGGGGCAAAUGUUGCUUUGGUUUACGUUUCAAGUAAUUCCAGGUCAACAGCGCUCGAAAUGGUUGACGAGUUCACAACCCAAGGCCGGAAAUGCUGCGCCAUUCAAGCUGAUCUAUCAUCGGGGACCUGUGGAGAAGCAAUUGUCAGACAGGCUCUUCAAGGCCUUGGGGUUAAAACUAUCGAACUCUUGAUUAAUAAUGCAGCUAUUGCUCAAACACCCGCCAGCGUUGAAGAAUCGUUGGACCAAGAUGAAUUUGAAAAGAUCAUGCACAUCAACGUACGGGCUCCUAUCCUUUUGGUCCAGGCGUUGCUUCCGCACCUGGGAUCGCAGGGGAACAGAAUCAUCAACAUUUCCUCAAUUGGUUCUAGAUUGAAUUUCCCCGGAUAUGGCGUUUAUGCAGCAAGCAAGGCCGCUUUGGAGUCUUUGACUCGUACUUGGGCUCGAGAACUUGGCGUCAAGUAUCAUCUCACUUGUAACGCCGUCUUGGUGGGACCCACAGCGACACCUGACGCUCCCGAUAGUGAGGCGAGGACCGCUGCUAAAGGGCUUGCUACCGCAGAGCGAAGACUUGGGUCACCUCGUGACGUUGCUGAUGUGGUCUGCUGGCUAUCGGGAGAAGGUUCUCGGUGGGUCAAUGGCGAUUUGAUUGGGUCUAACGGGGGAGCUUUUAUGCUAUGA